GAUGUCAAUAACGUCUGCAAUAUACCUUGCAGGUCGAUUAGCCGCCAUUAGUUUAUCAUGGAGUAAUAUUUUUUGAAAAAUUAUUCUCCCACUAGGACUUUUAUAGUGUGGUUCACGGGCAGGCCGAGUGCCAUAUAAUUUUUGACCCUACAACUCAAUAUAAUAUCGUCCUCUAUGAACUUCAAUACAAUCUAUAUAUAAAUUAUCAUACUAUAUCACUCCCACUAUCUCAAAAGCAUUUUCCUUUUUCUUCACAUUAUUUCUAGAGAAAGAAAUAACUAAACAGAACGAGAGCUGAAGAAGCCAUGGGAGUAGCACAAGUUAACCAAAUCUGGUUCCCUCUCAUCAUCCUCUUCUCCAUCUCCAUUUCUUCUAUUGCUGCUUCUGAACUAAAUUGUGUGUACUCAGUUUACGUUCGGACUGGGCAAUUCUUUGGGUCUGGAACUGACUCAAAAAUUAUUCUGAGUCUUUACGGUGCCGAUGGCAAUGGACUUAGAAUCAAGAACCUAGAGGCGUGGGGUGGUCUAAUGGGCCGAGGUUACGACUACUUUGAAAGGGAUAACUUGGAUAUGUUUACUGGUCGUGGUCCAUGUUUGAAUGGUCCUAUCUGCAAAAUGAACUUGACUUCUGAUGGUACAGGACAACACCCUGGUUGGUACUGUAAUUACGUUGAAGUUACCUCUACAGCAGAACACAAAAGAUGCAACCAACAGGCGUUUACAGUGGAAAAUUGGCUUGGUGCUGAUGUUUUUCCAGAUGGGCUAACGGCUAUUAAGAAUAAUUGUCGACGCAUGUCCGAUGAGCAACUGUCCAUUUACGAUUCCGAGUCGUCCUAUCAUGUUGUUGAUGUAAUUUAGGACUCGUUUGGACAUGAUUUCAAAUUUCUCUGUCUUCUUUUCUUUCCCUUUUACUUGUUUUCGAUUUUAUUUACAUUAGACCGUGAAAAAAAUUAUACGUUGAUCUGA